UCUCAGCUCCGCAGUGCACUGGCAGACAGCACAACACAGCGCUUGUGGGACAGGAGACACACACACACACAGACAGCGGUGCGCGGGACAGUAGACGAGAUCGACACACACACACAUACACGGGACGGGAGCGCGCACGGGCGCGCGCAGAAGGAGGAGAGCACUACGGUGCUGAAGUCCCACGCACGGCACUGAGCUCGACUCGUCUUCCACACGGGACUUACUAUGAGCUACUCACGCCUCGGUGACCGUUAGCUGCUGCGCAUUCAGAGAGGGACGAGGAGGAAGAGCCUUUCAGUCAUGGACACUUUAACGUGGAUGGUGUUUUGCGCGGUGGUGGCAGUAGUGUGUGGCUCUACACUGCCCGUGGACGAUGGGUGUGAUUCUGGUCACUACACCAAAAGUGGUGAGUGCUGCAUAGAGUGUCCACCAGGGGAGGGGGUAAUCACCCCGUGUGGAGAUACUCAAACUGAGUGUGCCCAGUGCCUUGACAGUGAGACUUACUCAGACACGUACAGUAGCACGGACAUGUGUCUUCCCUGUACGGAGUGCACUGGACUCAUGCGCAUGGAAACGCCAUGCACCGACUCCAAUGAUGCCGUGUGCGUGUGUAAUUAUGGCUUCUACAUGAGCGACAUGACGGGUGAAUGUGAGCCGUGCACAGUGUGUCCACGCGGCCAUGGGGUUUACAUGAGCUGCAAACCCAACGAAGACACGACAUGUGAGCCAUGUGAGGAGGACACCUUCUCAGACCAGGAGAGCUCGCUGGAUCCGUGUAUGCCUUGCACCAUCUGCGACGACGGUUCAGACGAGUUAGAAACACAGAGGGAAUGCACACCUACAACAGAUGCAGUGUGUUAUGAUCCUCUGGCUCCCACUAUAACAUUUCCCAGCUCUUCUCCUGAUUUGCCAUCGGAAGAUUUGAGAAGCUUUAGCCCGGAUGAGGAGAGCACCACAACUAAGCCAAGUUCACCUCGCUUCAUCGGCGGUGGUCUCAAUGAGAACCUCAUCCCCAUCUACUGCUCCACACUGGCAGCCGUGCUCAUCGGCCUGCUCGCAUACAUCGUCUUCAAGAGAUGGAACAGCUGCAAGCAGAACAAACAAGCGGCCAACAACCGAGCGGCCACGGCCAAUCAGACAUCUCCGUCUCCGGAAGGAGAGAAGCUCCACAGCGACAGUGGCAUCUCUGUGGACAGCCAGAGCCUUCAGGAGCAGCAGCAGCUGCAGACACAGGCCGAGGCUCACACACAGACCCAAACUCAGCUCCACAUGCCUGAACAGACUGUGGUGAGGAUGGAUGUGGGAGCUCAGUCGGAUUCUCAGCCAUCACAGGCAUGAAGGCAGCAGCUGAAGGAGGUGACACCAUCAAGCAGAUGAAGGAGAAGAAGUUCCAGUGAGAGCAAAAGUGGUGGGAGGAGCGAGGAGAAAAGUGGCAUGGUGGUUGUUCUGGUGGUCAUGAGCUAACUGUGGCCACCAACUCCUAUUAAACCCAGUUUGGACAUUUCCCUGAUGCACUGGGUCCUGUGGGCUUGAAGAACUUCAGCAAUCAGAUGUUUUGGGCCAUAAUCUUCACUUCUACAGAAACUUUCUCAUAUUAUCCACAUGCUCCAUGGUCAAAACCCAGGCUGAAACCCAGUUCAGAACAUACCAGCAGCAGUCAUCUGUAAUGACACUUUGAUCUAAAUUGGGCUUCAUAUAGCACUGGCAUCUAACACAACAUCUCAUUUAACAUCACCAACCAAAUCUAAAUGGCCUUAUAGCAUUUUCCAAUGUAUUAUAACUGAUGUAUUCUCCAAAAUAUAUGUGUGUAAACCAUGCAUUUGUUCCCCUAACAAACUAAUCCAUAAGGUAGUCCACUUGCACCAAAUGAAGAUCACCAACCCAAGCAAAGCCACUUCAUGUUUUAAAGACACUCUUAGAGCUAAGAAAUGCGGUCUGUUUUUCAGACUGACCUGUUGCCUCCUGCUCCUGAUGAUCUGAUCCCACCAAACUCUCAGAUGAAUAAGAGAUCCAGCUCUGGACCUAUAGGCCGUAUAUGGACUCCACAAGAAUGCCUCAAUCGCACUAACCUCCUACGCUUUGUUUUUGUUCUUAAUAUUCUUUAUUCCUACCCCUGCCUAAAAAUAGGAUUAAAGCAUUAGUCUUUGAGAUGUUGGUCAGAUUCCUUCCUUCAAAGUAGUGUACAGAGAUUUGAAAGGUUGCCCUUUAAGUCCAGGCCUGUUAGUGGUGCUGUUUUCACCCCUAAUGGUGGUUUGUGAAGUGAAGCUAAUUCUGUAUCAGCGAGUGUAGGCGACAUCUUGAAAAGGUGACAUUUACUGACCUUUACGUUUGUAAUGACUCACAUCUAUACUUAGCACGCCCUCUCUCUCUCUCUCUCUCUCUCUCUCUCACACUUUAUAAAGCAACUAUGUUUUUCUGAUAUACCCACAUACAAUCUCCGUUUCCUCCACACAUCCAUACUUUAAGUGCAUUGUAUUCCCUCUGCUAUUACCUCACUUCCACCCAGAUUUAUGUUACAGUGCUGAGUUGUAUGGUUCUCGUUUCACAGAGAGCAAACUAUAGCAGGUCAGUGGGAUGCAAUUCUGCAAUUCUCCACAGCAGAGGGAGUCAGCUUAAUACAUUACCUUCUCCUUUCAUACACAUACAGAUCACCAGUGUAAUUCCCAGACUCAAUAUUCAAUGAUUCAUCUUCAGACUUUUCACCAUUUACCUCUCUCAGUUUCACCCCAAGGCUGACUAACCCAGCUUUGAGAACCAUGGGUAAAUGAUUCAUGCCGUGGUUGGUGAGUGGGCCACAUGUGGUAAACUGGGGUCCAUUAGAUGCUCUAAUGUGGUUGCGCUCAGAGCCAACUCAGCAUCUUUGGACUAUGAGUGGUUAUGACUGGCUGUAAGUGCUGUAUCACUGGGCUAGUGGUAAUGCCGUUAAAACAGUGGGUCUAACCAGCAUCCUUAAAGGUUCUUGAGUUUGUCCCUUUUGGGGCCACUAACAUUUUCUAAAUUGAAUAACAGAAGGUUUCUCUCGAGAAAACCGUAGUGUUAUCCUAUCAGACUAACUGUCUUAUUGGCGGAUUGGUUUUAGGCAAAAAUCUACUAGCUAAUCACAGCAAAGAAAGUGAGAACAGUGCAAACGAGGAAUUCGUUAUAGUACCUCUGGGGAAAAAAACUAACAUGGCAACAAAGUUCCCUGUCUUCUUUAGGUGUACUGACAACUCGUUGCUUCAUGUUUUGGAUUUGAGUAUAGUGCCACCUAUGUGUGGAUGUCCCAAACUAGCUAACUGAAUUUCAUGUGUAUUUCAACGAUAGCUUAGCGGUCUAUGGGUGAGUGAGCGUUUAAAAAUGUCUACUAUCAAAUCACUUCAAGGUGACCUGGUGGUGCACCAAGAAGUUACAAGAUAGGAAGAGUUCAGCAAUCUAGAAUGCGUAGUGUGAAUGUGGGCAAACACUCACAUACCAUCCAUGCACCACAACACAGCAACCAAAACCAACCAAUUUCAUCUGCUUCUUUUUCCCAAGGUUUACAUCCUUCCUUCAUUAAUCUAAUGAGCGGUAGUGGCAUAGAAAUGCAUUGAGUACACACACACACAUCUAGUUUUACUGUGUUUGCUGCAUGGCUUUGUAGUUUACUCCACAAUCCAGAAUGGGAGCUUGUAAUCUAGCGCAUCACUCUCAGGUCACUGGGCACAAACUGAGGAAUGGUGGCGGGAUUCAAACUGCAAUAAAUAACCACUAUAGUAUUGAUCAAACUUUGUUUAACGAGCACAGUAUUGACACUUUUUUCUAUUUUACUCAGGCUUAUCUAAUGUAAAUAGCUGACAAUAAAAGUACUGCAUACUGAAACAACUGUACAUUUACUUAUUUCUGUAGCAUUGGGCUUGGAACAGCCGAAAGAAGCCCUCAUAGGCGGAUGUUAGUUUGACAGAACCUGGUGUGUACCAUUGCCUUAUUGCUUUGCUCCUUUGUUUCGCUUCACUUGGCUAAUAAUACUAGCUUCGGCUUAGCGUGAUAAGCUGAAGUCGGUAUUCACCUCCUGUCUGGCAGAGCAAUAGAGAGUCUGUACUUGCGCAUUAUAGUUCAGAGCCGUCCUCCUCACUCAGCUGGGUGCUUUCCAUUAAAUCAUUCUAUGGAGCGUAUCAUUGGCCUCUGCAGCUAGCCGCUGUGUUGGAGUUUAAUGCGUUUUAUGGCUCCAUCGCCUCACUCGUGGAGCUCUACUCCACCGUUUUGCUGAAAGCACUUACAGGUGAAAAGGGAAGACAAGUUGCUUUAUUGUUUUUUGUUUUUUUUCCUCUCUUCAUUGCCUUCUCUGUGAACACAUACAGCAGCCGAGGACAGCUGUCAUCUUUUGUGUGACCAGAGAAAUGAAAGAGAAGCUCUCAGUUUUACAGGACAUGAUGUUCUGUCGGUUUAGUUUUCAGAGUACUGAUAUUUUCAUACCAUUUAAAAAGUGAUCGAGUGGAUUAGAAAGUGUUCCUCGUAUUAUAGUAUAGUAAAGAGACGUUAACGUGGAUUUUCCUCUGUGAGCUGCUUUGACGGCACAACGAAGCACUUCUAUAUUCAACAUCUCAGCGUACCUUCUUCACUCAGUAACCAGCUUUUACUUCCAUUUAUCACCCCAAGGAUGAGUAGAGAAUGUACAAAAGCCUAGUGAUUAAUAUUCAUAUGCAAAAUGUGUUGCGCUAGCUAACUUUGUCUUAUCUUGUGUUCAGUUCUAUUUUUAUCCAGUGCUGUUUUUUUUAUAGAAAACAUGGUUUUGUUUUUCUUGAUAGAAUUACCUUUUCAGAGCAGAAUUUUAUAAAGACAGUUUACUUUUGUAGCACUUAAACUGAUUGAAUUAGUACACUCAAAGAGUAUCCAGCACCACAAAGUGCCUGUGGACUUCGUCAGGUGUCUUUGAGCUACAUUCAUAAAAUUCAAUUUUGCAUCGCUUUGCUCUGUUUUUUUUCUUUAUGUCUGUAUGAAAUGUAAGUUUUAUGUAUGCUUUCUAUAUUUUAUUGGGUCUUUAGUCAAGAGAAAGAUGGUCAUGAAGGCUACAGGACAUUACAUCAUUAUCCAAAUGACCUCCAGGUUAUGGUUUAACAGAAGUGGGCUUGAACAUUCACAAGCUACACAUGCUAUAUAUGCUUCGGAUCAUAAAGUAAAACGCAGAAUCUAUCAUCUACUGUCAUGUUCUGUCAUCAUGUGUUGUUAUAAUUAUUGUUACCAUUCUAUGCAUUUACAGGAUAAUACAACAUCAACUUAACAAAGAAAUCUUGACCAUAGGUACUGCAUAUGUGUGAGUUUGUGUUUGGCAAGCCAAAACUGUGGACACAUCCUUUAAAACCCUUACUUUUAGAUGGACACAGAGACACUCAUAAGAGGCCAUAUGCUUAGAUGAAGAUGUCAAGAGUGAUUCUCAAGCAGGAAUUCACUCUAUCAGUCCCUGCUUCCCUAGUGGGGAUGAAUGUUAAUUGUACUUAGCCCAUAUUCUCCAAUGCAUUGUGUAAAUGUGACAAAUUUCAUAUAGUUGUUAUGACAGUACACUUAUGUAAAUGACAAAUGAAACAAAUUAGUUAUGUAAUAGAAUAAAACCAAAUAUGAUUGCU